UGGUCACGCCAAGUCAAGACUGUGACAGGCGAAAAGGGCGGAGAGCAGAGAGAAGAAUUUGUCGCCAUGGUCCUGAAAUGGACACCGGCACACCUUUGUAGGGAAGGAGUAGGCGUUGGGCCCGGAGGCAACCAGAGGAUAUUGCUUGUCUGCCAGUGUUGGCUGGUUUAGCCUUUAGGUAAUUCUUGCUGCUGUGCAAGGGGGAAUGAGACACGCUUGUUUGAGGGACUUGCACGGCGCUAAAAGUUCAGAAGCUGCCCAGGAAGCGCAAGCAUUUACCAGAGAAACGGGCAGGUGCACAAGUUUCAUGAUCCUGCACUAUUGCGGGUCAGCAUAGCCCAUUCUGGGACUGGUGCUGGUCUGUCCCUUCGCGGCCACAGGGUAGAGUUAAACCACCCAAGCACGACUUCGAGCAGUCAUCCCAAUUCCCAAGCUCUUUCUGAAGAAGGCCUUUGUUUUGCAUGUCUUGUCCUUUAGGUUGCACUUUCCUGUCUGACAGACUCCUAGAUUGGACCUUUGCGUUGGUCGAAACCCUAUGAAUGUACCAGUUUAGCUCGGUUGCAGACCCCGACUCCCAGAUUCCUGCGGCAGGGACUGGGAUUGCUCGCAGUCAAGCGGCAUGCUCCAAAGCGUCAAGAAAAAGCUGAAGGGUGGCCGCGCCAAGGCAGACCCUUCCAAGGAUGGUCUCCCGGUAGAUGUAGCUCCUAGUACAGUUGUAGUAGGUGCGAAUAAGGGCAGUGCGCCAACCAUGGGAGCUGGAACAGGGAGAGGCAGUGUUGCGGCCACAGGUUCAGGCCGAAGUAUUGCCAGCCCCUCCGGCUCGGGGGGCCCCAUCGUGCGGCAGUCGUCGGUAGUGGGGGCGAUCCUGCAGCAGCACAAGGCUGGCAGCAGCUCGUUCUCAGGCAACACUUCCAAUGCUUCUGCUGCCACCAUCGCUGCCGCAUUCGCGGAGCCCCUCCCGGCCUUCCGGGACGUCCCCAGCUCGGAGCGCCAGGAGCUCUUUGCCAAAAAACUCCGCCUUUGCUGCUACACGUUCGACUUUUCGGAUCCGACCAAGAACGUCCGCGAGAAGGAGAUGAAGCGGCUGACGCUGCUGGAGCUGGUGGACUAUGUCAACUCGGGGACGGGCAAGUUUAAUGAGGCCGUCUUUGAGGACAUCACUCAGAUGCUGGUUGCAAACCUGUUCCGCACGCUCCCCCCGUCCAGCCACGAGAACAGCGCGAAUGUUGACAAUUUUGACCCGGAGGAGGAGGAGCCGUCGAUGGAGCCCGCGUGGCCACACCUCCAAAUUGUGUACGAGUUUCUGCUGCGCUACGUGGUGUCCGGCGAGACGGACGCCAAGGUGGCCAAGCGCUACAUCGACCACGCGUUUGUGCUGCGGCUGUUGGACCUCUUCGACUCGGAGGACCCCCGCGAGCGUGACUACCUCAAGACCAUUCUCCACCGCAUCUAUGGCAAGUUCAUGGUCCACCGGCCGUUCAUCCGCAAGGCGAUCAACAACAUCUUCUACCGGUUCAUCUUCGAGACGGAGCGGCACAACGGGAUCGCGGAGCUGCUGGAGAUCCUGGGCAGCAUCAUCAACGGGUUUGCGCUGCCGCUCAAGGAGGAGCACAAGCAGUUCCUCACGCGCGCGCUGCUGCCGCUGCACAAGCCCAAGUGCAUGUCCAUGUACCAGCAGCAGCUGUCGUACUGCAUCACCCAGUUCGUGGAGAAGGACCCGAAGCUGGCGGACGUGGUAAUAAAGGGCCUGCUCAAGUACUGGCCCAUCACGAGCAGCCAGAAGGAGGUCCUCUUCCUGAGCGAGCUGGAGGAGAUCCUGGAGCUCACGCAGGCAGCAGAGUUCGCCAAGAUCAUGGUCCCCCUCUUCCGCCAGCUCGCGCGCUGCCUAAAUAGCUCGCACUUCCAGGUUGCGGAGCGAGCGCUGUUUUUGUGGAACAACGACUACAUCGUGAGCCUGGUGGGCCAGAACCGGCAGGUCAUCCUGCCGCUCAUCUUCGGGGCGCUCGAGCGCAACGCGCGCAACCACUGGAACGCGGCCGUGCACGGGCUCACGGUGAACGUGCGGAAACUGUUCAUGGAGAUGGACCAGCCGCUGUACGACGAGUGCCAACGGGCGUUUGCGGAGCAGGAGGGGCGGGCCAAAGCGCAGGAGGACGCCCGGAUAGAGACGUGGCGGCGGCUCGAGGAGGCCGCGAGUAGUCAUAGCGCAAACGGGCCGACCCUCGGCGGCUCGCAAACGGAAGGGUCGCGGGGCGCCACGGGGCCAAAUAAGCUAGGGCAGGGUGGGUAGCGCAUGGAGAGAGCGAGGAGCGACGGCUGUUUUUCGGCAGCCGGCAUAGGCAUUAUUGGCCAGGUGGAGCCUCGGGCGCGUGUUUCGGCCUCGACCUGCAUCGUCGGUUUUCCCCACUGAUCAUGAGACUGCCCCGCCCGGCCGCCGGCCGCGCCUGGCUGGCGGCUGACUUGUACAGACACACUAGGGACGCUCUCUAUUGUCGUAAUUGGGAUCGGUCGGCUGUGGCAAUGACUUGCGGCAAAUAUCUCCUGCCGCCUCCAUGUCAUUAUUGUGUUGGUGGGUAGGUGAGUCCCUCAUGCGAUUGCUCAAACCUGUUCAGGGUCACCCUCUUGCAUGGUAAAUUUU